AUGAAGAAAAUGGCUAAGCAAAAUUCUCCAUCAUUAGUUGAAGUUGUAAAACAAGUAGCAGAACAGCAACAUUCACAAGCAUCAGAAAUAGAAAAAAGCAAAAUAGUUCUUUCUCAGUUACAGGCUGAGCUUCAAGAACUUGAAAAACAAAUGGAGUCUGCUUUAUUAGAAACAAAGGCAACAGAAAGGCAAAUUUAUCAGCAAGAUGAUGACAUAGAAACUACAAAAUGUCACUGUGAAAGUCUGGAGUCCCAAGUCAGAUUCCUGUAUGCUGAAAAGAUAAGGCUGAAACUUGACACAGAAGCAGCUCAAGAAGAAUUUGAGAUGAUGCUUGCAAGAAAUAGUGCAUAUCAUGAGAAAAUAAUGGCUCAUAAAGAGCGUUAUUGGGAAGCAGAAAGCAAAAUGCCAGUUAUGCUCGAACUUGCUAAAAAACGAGACAUGGUUAAAGAGCUAAAGACAAAGAAAGAAGAAUUAAUGAAUGAUCUCCAGAAUCCUGAAGGACAAGUUAUAAAACAAGUGCAGGAAGAAAUCACACAUUUAAUAAAGGAAGUUACUAUGGUAAAAGAGUCAAUCGAUGAAAAGAAAAAAUUGCUUGAAGAAGAGAAAAAAGUGCAUGCUAACCUUAGAAAAGAGAUUGAGGUACAGAAUAAAAGAUGUGAUGCUAUUCUAAAACGUUUGCAUUGUCAACUGAACAAACUCCAGUCGAACAGAAGACAGUGGCACUGGAACAUUCAACAGAUGGAAAAAAAGGCAGCUGAACUACGAAAGAGUAUUGGAGCAAUAGAGUGAUAUAUAGUACAGUAUAAUACAAUGCUCAGCAAUUUAUAACAUAUGUCAUCCUUUAUAUAUAACAGGUGGUUGUUGGAAAUAAUCCCUUGA